GUAGUAGUCAUCGUCGUGGAUGUAGAGAGAGAAAUCAUAGAGAGAAAUAGAACUUUUUUUUUCUUCUCGUUGUUGCUCUUGUUGGAGAGAGAAAGAGAGAGAGUGAAUCUUGGAGAGAUAAGCGCCUGCUCCUUCGGCAUUUCCGUCAGACAAAGUUAACACUUCCAAGACCGACGCUGCUAUUAUUAAUCAAUUCAAUUGAAUUCGCCUCUUCACCAUUUCGUAUUCUAGAUGAACACUGCCAAGAUUUUGAUUGGAAGUGGAAUUUGAAGGUGAAGCAGAAUGGGUGAAAAUGAAGAAGCGACCAAUGACAUGAUGCAGAGGCUUCACUGUUCUUCUUCGUUUCUGAAACAGCCGUUGAACAUGGAGCAACUCAGCAUCCCGCAGUUCAAUCCCUCUCAAAUGCGCGCCAGGCAUCAGCAUCAGUUCGACGGUGGGAACAGUAACAAGCGCGCGGGUAUGCCACCUUCGCACCCGCACCAGAUCCCGCCCAUUUCGCCCUACUCUCAGAUCCCGGUGACGCGUCAGCAGCAAAUGGGGUCGCACAACAUUUCCCCUACACCCACCCACACGCGAUCACUCUCGCAAUCUUCCUUUUUCUCCCUCGAUUCCCUCCCUCCCCUCAGCCCUUCCCCCUUCCGAGACUCCUCCUCUACGUCUGUCUCAGAAGCUGCUGACGUCUCCAUGGAAGAUCGUGACGUCACUUCUCAUUCUCUCUUGCCACCCUCACCUUUCGCCAGAACACUCAACACCUCAACCAACAGCCAUUUACCUUUACCCCCUCGCAAAGCACAUAGGCGCUCUAACAGUGAUAUUCCGUUUGGGUUUUCCACCGUUUUGCAAUCUUCGCCCCCGCUUAUUCCUCUCCGGGGCAGAGAAAACCCCGUUUUGGCGAAACCUGCUCAAUUGGUCAAAAGAGAAACACCGUGGGACAGGGGUGUUGACCACAGUAAUGUAGAGGGAUCCGGGGAGAAGAAAUCCCCGGAAGGGGAAGUUGUGGAUGAUCUUUUCUCUGCUUACAUGAAUUUAGAUAGCUUUGAUGCGUUGAACUCUUCUGGUACCGAUGACAAAAACGGGACUGAAAAUCGUGAUGAUUUGGAUAGUAGAGCGAGUGGGACCAAGACUAAUGGUGGUGACAGCAGUGAUAAUGAAGCUGAGAGUAGUGUUAAUGAGAGUGGGGAUGGUGCGGCCAGGCAGGGAGGGAGUGAGAAGAGGGAAGGGAUGAAGAGGAGUGCGGGUGGGGAGAUUGCACCCACCACCAGGCACUAUAGGAGUGUGUCCAUGGAUAGUUUCAUUUCGAAGUUGAACUUUGGUGAUGAGUCGCCGAAGCUGCCACCGUCGCCGGGGCCGAAAUCUGGUUUGAUUUCGCCGGCUGGUGGAGUUGAUGGCAAUUCAUCGGCCUUCAGCUUGGAGUUUGGAAAUGGGGAGUUUAGUGGGCCUGAAUUGAAGAAAAUUAUGGCCAAUGAAAAACUUGCUGAGAUUGCCUUGACCGAUCCAAAGCGUGCAAAAAGGAUUUUGGCCAACCGGCAAUCGGCUGCACGAUCCAAAGAGCGGAAGAUGCGGUACAUAUCAGAGCUAGAGCAUAAGGUUCAGACACUUCAGACGGAAGCCACCACACUAUCUGCACAACUUACUCUUUUACAGAGAGAUUCUGCUGGACUUACUAACCAGAAUAGCGAGUUGAAGUUUCGCCUUCAAUCCAUGGAACAACAAGCAAAGCUCCGAGAUGAUUAUAUUUCAUCUCAACGUGCAUGGUGAAUACUUCUUGCGAAAGAGUGCAAGAGUAGGGGUGAAAGAAUUCUGCAGAUGGCUUGUAAAGUGGAGGAAACAACAUGCAAUUGUCAAUAAAAUGGCCAUUGUUUACUUGUAUGAUACUUAAGAUUGAGAAGGUAUUAAGUAUGGACAGUAGUGUAUAGAACUCGUUCGCGUAGCUCCUUCAAGUUCUUGCGGUAGAUUUUAUUCUCAAUCUAAUUUGGGAUUUUAGUUUACGUUAGCUACUCAAUUUUAUUUUAUUCCAGUAAAUUUUAUGCAUGAAAACCAGGCCUUUACACGAUCUCAUUCCGUUAUUACUUCUUCUUGUUAGUAAUAUUUUUAUAAAAUGUUAUGAACCUUUAAGAAAUAAUAAUCUAUCACGACUUUUCACCUAACUGUUUAAACUCUUAGGCGAGUUGGUUCUUGAUAUGAUACCAUAACUUUCUAUCCAGCGGUUAGGAGUCUCAUUCUUGUCACUCAAGUUAAAGGGUAUUCCUGGGCAACAUUCAUUAGCCUUCGUCAACUAACUUUUUUGGGAUAAUAAUUAGUUUAUUGCAGAUCCAUUUAUUAUUUUUUCUCAAAUUAAUGAAACUUUAUAGCUCGGAUACAUUGCUAAUAAUACUCUACUUAUUGUAAAUGCAUCAUCUAAUCAUUUUUCUAACAAAAGUAGGCCCACUGAAUCCGAAAUACUUUAUAUUCAUCGUAUUAAGGCCUUUCUAUUGAACAACUCGGUUGAAGUGCUUCCAAAGUAAAUGGAAUUAUAGGAAUAGCAUGUAGGAAUUAUAUAGUAGGAUGCCGAGGAGACGACCGAUUCUUUGCUGAUGUUUAAGUGACUUACUCAGUAAUUUAUGUCCAAAUUUCUCGGGGGAGGUUGAGAAAUGCUGUGUGAGCCAUAACCAAGUCAAUUACGUUCUCUUUACACAACAUAUUUGUUGAAGUUAACGUGAGUAUUAUUGAAGCAAUCCCUUUUUAGGAUCUGCCUGAUAUGCACUCAUCAGGCUGGAUAAGAAUGUGCUGCUGCAUUCCUUUGCAUAGAAACUCAUUAUGUAAAUUUCUUGCAAGAAUGUCUGUUUUUGAAAGUGACACGUCUUCAUUACGUGUGCUUUGGUUUGGAGAGUAGCAGAAUCAUCCAUUGAUUCCUUCUGAUUAAUUCUUUACCCUGUAUUUUCU